CUCAAGCAUCAUCACAUUCCACCACCACCAUGGCCAAGUCCACCAUCCUGGUAGCCCUCCUUGCCCUCGUCCUGGUGGCACACGCCUCCGCGAUGAGGCGCGAGAGGGGGCGACAAGGGGACUCAUCAAGCUGCGAGAGGCAGGUAGACAGGGUGAACCUCAAGCCCUGCGAGCAGCACAUAAUGCAGAGGAUCAUGGGCGAGCAAGAGCAGUACGACUCCUACGAUAUUAGGAGUACUCGAUCCUCCGACCAGCAACAGAGGUGCUGCGAUGAGCUGGACCAGAUGGAGAACACAGAGAGAUGCAUGUGCGAGGCAUUGCAGCAGAUAAUGGAGAACCAGUGCGAUAGGUUGCAGGACAGGCAAAUGGUGCAGCAGUUCAAGAGAGAGCUCAUGAACUUGCCCCAACAGUGUAACUUUAGGGCACCACAGCGUUGCGAUUUGGACAUGAGUGGCGGCAGAUGCUAGACUCAAAAAUAAUAAUCUGUGCCAAAACAAACUAGUAGGAAGUAGCUUAUGAGCUAUUAUGUAUGCUUGUUUCGUUAAUAAUAAAUAU